UAUAUUUCUUUCUUCCAUUCAUUGUGACAACAAAUUACACAAGCAGCACACUUGUCUUCGACUCACUCUCACACCUCAGCCAUGGCACAUCAGUCUACACCGACCGCAUUAUUUAUCUUGUUUUUAGCGCUGUUAUGGCCCGCAUGCUUGGCCGAAAUGAUCAAAGGAUCGGUGCCAUUAAAUUCCGGCGUUUUUGAUAAGGUAAUCAGUAAACACAAAGCAGUUCUGGUGAAAUUUGAUGAAACUUAUCCUUAUGGGGAAAAACAAGAGCAGUUUAAAAAGGUUGCUCAGUCGUCUUACGUACAACCAGAGUUACUAAUUGCUGAAGUUCAAAUUGCUGAUUAUGGUGAACAAGAAAAUAUGGACCUUGCUACUCGGUUUAAUGUUAAAAAAGAAGAUUUCCCUGUUUAUAAACUAUUUCUGCAGGAUAAGAAAGAACCGAUCGCUUAUACAGGAAAUGUUAAAGAUUCUGCAGCAAUAAAAAGAUUUGUUAUGAAAAAUACAGAUCUCUGGCUAGGAAUGCCAGGCUGUUUAGAAGACUAUGAUGCUCUUGUGAAGAACUUUGCCCGUGCUUCAUCUGAAGAGAGACAAGCAAUUCUUGCCGAAGCUGAAGAAAUUAAAAAUAAGUAUAGAAAUGAUGUGCAGAAAUCCUACGCUACAAUCUAUGUAAAAACAAUGAAAAAAAUAAUGGAAAAGAACGAUUUCUUGGCAUCAGAAAUGAAACGAGUAGAGAAAUUAAAAGACGGAAAAGUAAGUGACAAAAAGAAGGAGCAGCUUAGUGAUAGAUUAAACAUUCUUAAUUCCUUCCAUGUAAAAUUCCAAGACGAACUAUAACAGGUCCCAGCUGUUUUAAUCAUUAUUAUUUUUUUUUUUUUUCUGAAAUACUAUUCAUAUACAUGAUUAAUAUAUUUCCAUAUCAAUAACAUCAUUCCUCUUUAUAUUUCUUUUUAGAGAAAAACAAACAAACAAAAUGUGUAAAACAAAACUUUUAUUUCAUGUUACACCUCUUGGAGAAUGUUUUUUCUUUCUGUUUUGAAAGGUUUUUUUUUUUUUACAAGUUUGUUGUAAGCAUUUAGAUUAAAUAGUAUUAAUUUAAGACAUAGUACUAAACGCAUUUAAGUUUGGAACAUAGCAAAGUAUAAAUGCCCCUAAUGCUGCUGAUUAUUUUAAUCUUAUGUUUCAGAAGUUCCAUAUUUUAAGUUUGUGACCAUAUUCCAAAGAGUAACAAUUGUCAUUAAAUUCUUGAAAAUCUUGAUAAUUUAACUUAGAUUAUACUAAAAUUUAGACUUUCUGCAAACAAUCUUAUUUAAAAUGUAAUUGGCAAAAAAAAAAUGGGAAAAGUAACCCUUUAGUGUUCACAUCACUCAGUCAAAUGUAUUUUGGAUUAAUCCUGCAUUAUCUCAUAGUUUUGAGAUUUUGAUGAAGUGAUCGUUUAUAUUUUAUUUUUAGAAUGACAUUGUAGGUUAGGUGUGAGAGAUCAGAUCUGACUGGUUUGAAAAAUAAACAAGUAGAAUAUUUGGGCCGGAUAUGGCUGGUUUAAUGCUAAAGGGUUAAAAUUUUUCUUAUUAACUUUUCAAAUUCUUUUAAUUCCUUACUUUUUACAAUGUAUAUUUUUGAGUUUUGAAGUGGAAAAAAAAAAAAGGGUUUUCAAAGAAUUGAUCUGUUCAUAUACUGAUUUUAUUAAAUACAAUUUGGACAAAAUAUGCAUUAUUUAAACUUAGGCUCACCCCACCCAAAUAUGUUGCAUUGCUUUAAGGUUUUUAAAAAAAUUUUAUUUCAAUGAAAAUGAUAGAUAUUAAAUCAGUGGAAUGGUGAUCAAUUUCUUUUGCUGAAAUUAUAAGGCCGUAGGCUUGUUAAAUUCAUCAGUUUGGAUGUUUCUGUCUGACGAGACACAACAUGUCGAAACAUAAGUGUCUCAGAAUCUAUUUUUACUAAUGAACAGAAAGUGUUAUGAACACAGAUUCGUCACAAAAAAGGAGAAGUCUCUUGUGACGAACACAACAGCAAUUGACAUAUUUUUUGUUUGAAUGUUUCAGAGUGUAUUACAAAUAAACAUGCAAGUCCUUAUUAUGUAUUGAAAUAUAGGGAAACUAGAGAGAUAGGAACACGGAAAUUUGUUGUAGUAAGGUUACUCCGCAUGGAAAAUAUGUUUAUUCACUGUAGUUGAUUCAUUAUCGAAAUUAUUUGGAAAAAAGCUGCAUUUUUUUUCAGUUCUCCAUUUUGUUGGCUGUUUUUUUCUUUUCUUUAAAAGUAUUGAUCUCAUUUUCAACUAUCAGUAAUUACAAUUAUAAGCAGAUAUUUUUGGAAGGAGGUGUAUAUAUGUUAUGUAACACAAUCAGUUUAUAUUGCCUAAACAUUCAAAACACUUUAUGUUUACAAUAAUAAACUAUUUAAAACUUUUACUUUA